ACAGCACACAAGGCCUGGCAGACGACCGACCACCUCUGUUUUAUGACUCCUCCUCCUCCUAUAUAUUCCUCUUCUGGUACAGCCUGUACGGCACCGUUCAUUGCGUGAUCCACUGCGGUAUUGCAACCGAGAACCGGCUAAGCAAAUGGAGCCGUACUUGACGGACUUCGAUGUGCCGCCGAAGCAUCCGUCGGAGGAGGCCCAGAAGCGGUGGAGGAAAGCUGUUUUUCUCGUCAGAAACCACCGCCGCCGCUUCCGUUACGGUCCCAACUUCGAGAAGCGAUCUGAGGCUAAAGAGCUCAUGGAUAAAACCAGAGAAAAAUUACGGGUUGGUUUUAUGGCAUAUUUGGCUGCACUCAAAUUCCUUGAUGCUGGUGAUCAUGGUAAGCAUCCUAAGGAGAGGAUAGUUCCUCCUGUUGAAGAUUUGGAGGAUGAAUGUGAAAGGGGUUUGCCAGAAGAGGCAAAAAAUGCAGGCUUCAGAUUUCACCCUGAUAAACUUGCAACUAUUGUUGGUUCUUAUGAUAUCAGGACCUUAAGGAAAAUUAGAGGAGUUGAAGGGCUUGCAUCUCGAUUGGGAGUCUCUUUGAGUGAAGGGGUCAAAACCAGUGAUGUGCCUUUAAGGCAAAAUGUGUAUGGAUCCAAUAAAUUUACCGAGAAACCUUUUAGGAGCUUUUGGACAUUUGUUUGGGAGGCCUUGCACGAUUUAACACUCAUCAUUCUUAUUGUGUGUGCUGCUGUCUCUAUUGGUGUGGGACUAGCUACUGAAGGAUGGCCAAAAGGUACAUAUGAUGGGUUAGGAAUUAUACUAAGUAUAUUUCUUGUAGUCUUUGUGACAGCCAUAAGUGAUUACCGGCAGUCAUUGCAGUUUAGAGAUUUGGAUAAGGAGAAGAAAAAGAUAUUUGUCCAAGUCACCAGAGAUGGAUAUAGGCAGAAGGUCUCCAUAUACGACUUGGUAGUUGGUGAUGUUGUUCAUUUAAACAUUGGGGAUCUGGUUCCAGCUGAUGGAGUAUUCAUAUCAGGAUAUAGCUUGUUGAUUGAUCAAUCAAGCCUUUCAGGUGAGAGUGUGCCGGUCAAUAUAUCUGAAAAAAGGCCUUUUCUCUUAUCAGGAACCAAAGUGCAGGAUGGUUCAGCUAUGAUGCUGGUUACUACUGUUGGAAUGAGGACUGAAUGGGGUAAACUGAUGGAAACUCUUAGUGAGAGUGGAGAAGAUGAGACUCCACUGCAGGUUAAGCUGAAUGGCGUAGCUACAAUUAUCGGGAAAAUAGGACUGGGAUUUGCUGUAUUGACAUUUCUGGUGUUGGUUAUCAGGUUUCUUGUUGAGAAAGCGCUUAAACAUGAAUUUUCCAAUUGGUCUUCUGCUGAUGCCCUUAUACUUUUAAACCACUUUGCAACUGCUGUAACUAUAAUAGUUGUUGCAGUUCCAGAAGGAUUGCCUCUGGCAGUGACACUGAGUCUUGCAUUUGCGAUGAAACAGUUAAUGGACAACAAGGCACUGGUGAGAACUCUUUCUGCAUGCGAGACAAUGGGUUCUGCUACUUGCAUUUGCACUGAUAAAACUGGGACACUAACAACCAACCAUAUGGUGGUCACUAAAACAUGGAUGUGUGGAAAAGUUAGAAUAAUAGAAACUGGUGAAGGUGGCAGCAACAACAUAGGUUCAGAAAUAUCAGAAAAUGUAUUAGCCAUUAUUUUGCAGGCAAUCUUUCACAAUACAGGGGCCGAGGUGGUCACAGAUAAGGAUGGAAAUAGAUCUAUUUUGGGUACCCCAACAGAAUCAGCUAUAGUAGAAUAUGGGUUGCUUCUGGGAGGUGAGUUAGAGACUCAACGCAAGGACUGCAAGGUAUUGAAAGUUGAACCUUUUAAUUCCGAGAAGAAAAAGAUGUCUGUUCUUGUGGAGCUUCCAAAUGGCAAUACCCGAGCUUUUUGCAAAGGGGCAUCUGAGAUUGUGCUGAGAAUGUGUAAUAGUAUCCUCCAUGGCAAUGGUGAAAUUGUUGAUUUGCCAGAAAGGCAGGCAGAAAAUAUUAUGGAUGUCAUCAAUGAAUUUGCUGGUGAAGCUCUGCGUACUAUUUGCUUGGCUUUCAAAGACAUUGAAGGUAAUCAUGAAAACAAUAUCCCAGGCAGUGGCUAUACUUUAAUUGCGGUGGUGGGAAUCAAGGAUCCAGUUCGCCCAGGGGUCAAAGAUGCAGUAAAAACCUGUCUAGCAGCUGGAAUUAGAGUGAGAAUGGUCACUGGUGAUAAUAUUAACACAGCCAAAGCCAUUGCUAAAGAAUGUGGCAUAUUGACUGAAGAUGGCUUUGCCAUUGAAGGACCUGAAUUUCGCAGCAAGACUCCCGAUGAGAUGAGGCAAAUAAUACCUAGAAUUCAGGUCAUGGCUCGAUCAUCUCCCUUGGAUAAGCAUGUGCUUGUGAAGAAUUUAAGAGGCAUGUUUAGAGAGGUGGUUGCAGUUACAGGUGAUGGUACUAAUGAUGCCCCUGCCCUGCAUGAGGCUGAUAUUGGACUUGCUAUGGGCAUCGCUGGAACUGAGGUGGCAAAAGAAAGUGCUGAUGUAAUUGUCCUGGAUGAUAACUUUACCACCAUUGUCAAUGUGGCUAAGUGGGGGCGUUCUGUAUAUAUAAACAUCCAAAAGUUUGUGCAAUUCCAGCUGACUGUCAAUGUCGUGGCUCUCAUCAUCAAUUUUGUUUCUGCGUGUAUCUCAGGAUCUGCUCCUCUUACUGCUGUGCAAUUGCUUUGGGUCAACUUGAUAAUGGAUACAUUAGGCGCACUUGCAUUGGCCACCGAACCACCCCAUGAGGGACUGAUGAAUAGGCCUCCAGUUGGAAGGGAUGUAAGUUUCAUCACAAAAGCCAUGUGGAGAAAUAUUAUUGGCCAAAGUAUUUAUCAGCUUGCUAUCCUUUUAGUCUUCAAUUUCUUUGGCAUUCAACUUUUGAGACUUGAAGGUUCAGAUGCCCAUGCAGUUCUCAAUACUUUCAUAUUCAAUACCUUUGUGUUCUGUCAGCUCUUCAAUGAAGUAAACAGCCGUGACAUUGAGAAGCUGAAUGUGUUCCGCGGCUUAUUUGGAAGCUGGAUAUUCCUUGGCGUCGUGAUUUGUACUACAGUUUUCCAGGCCAUCAUUGUCGAGUUCUUGGGCACGUUCGCAACCACUGUGCCACUGAGCUGGCAACUAUGGGUGCUCAGCGUCUUGAUUGGCGCCGCGAGCAUGAUCAUUUCCAUAAUUCUGAAGUUGAUCCCCGUGAAAAAAGAGACUCCCAAGCACCACAAUGGUUACGACCUGCUGGCCAGCGGUCCUGACCAGGCUUGAGAAGUGAUCAGCUUGCCCGGUGGUCCUGACGGACAGGCUUGAGAAUUGAGACAAACCAGCGCUGUGGUUAUUUUGUUCUUCUGCUUUGGCAGUGUCUAUACAGCUCAGGAAACGUGUGUGAAGCAAAUUUUGAAGUACAAUAUUGGAAGCUAACUAACCGCCCUAAACAAAACAAAACAAAAAAGUUGGGUAUACCAAUGUUUUUCUGUUCAAAGUAUCCUUUGCUUUUAUUGACUGACCAUGUCCUUGUUUCUGUUUCUGUUUAUGCUUCUCAUCAUCGUCCGUUUCUUGAGAAACUAGAAUCAACGUUAAUGUAAUAAUCAACGUUAAUGUAGUAUUUUCUCAUCCAUAUUUGCCAUCUACGUUUGAAAUGGUGAGGUCUUUUUUAUACA